AUGCCCCCUACUUGCCCUACAAAAAAAUCAGUAAAACUUAGAGCUGCUGAAGAAGCUGAGUCAGAAAGGCAGGCUACAAAGAAUGUGAAGAGACAACCAGGUUGUCCUCACACAGUCCUAAAGGAUAGCCUAGGAUGUACAGAUCAACAAAGGCAGAAAAAGACAUUAAAGUCAAAUCCAGCAAAGGGUAAUAAACAAACUGCAGUUCUGAAACCAAAGAGUAAGAAGGAUAGUUCUUACAGAGCCAGUGAUUCAGAAGGUGUCCUAUCUGAAGAAAACACAAAACAUUCAGCUGAUUGUACAAACCUUUCUGUCCUAGAUGUGACCAGAGCUACUGGUUUUAACCACAAAGAUGACAAUUUGGACAAACCUAACUUCAGCAACAAUGUCUCGAAUUUUCUGGAGGAUAUUGAUUUGCUAAGCAAAUGGAAGGUUUUUGAUGUUCCUAAGGAUGACUAUUUUGAAUUCCCCUCAUACAAGAGAGCCAAGGCAUACAGAUGGUUGACCUCAACCCCUGCAAAAAGUAAUAUGCAAGCCAGAACAAUCAAGAUUAAUUCUGGAAACAGAAACGUUACUGCUCAGAAAAAGGGCCAGACAAAGGCUAAUACUAUGGUCUUGCAAGAUGUGAAGGAUCAGUAUGUACUGGAAAUGCAGAAGAUUGCCAGUGAAAUUGUUACAAACUUUAAAUGUGAUAAGCACAAUAGUACACUAUGUGCUUGGUUUAAGGAUGUUGCUGAGCACACAAAACUUGUGUAUUGUAAGACCCUAGGCAUGACAACAGAUAGACCUCCAGAAGCUUUGAAGAUUUUGAACAAGAGAUCAGUAAGAUUGGUAUUGUUGAAAAAAGGGGCUAGCAACAACCUUGAAAGGGGUUGUAAUAGGUUUGAUUAUGAAGUAUUGGAGGUACCUUUUGCAAAGAACAGUAUAAAGCAAUUGGACAACAUUAAUGCUCUAGGGAAAGACUUGUUGUGGCAGAUUGUAACAGAUACAGGACUGGAUGUUACAGUUGGGUUGGUGUUGCAGAUUGUUUGUUAUGCAAAAGAAGAUGUUGAAGAAAUAAAUCACAAAUCUUAUUGA